UAGCCUGACGUCGAAUCCGAUGUGACUUCCAACCUAGCCAACUUCUCACUUCUCGCAACGACGAGUUUGCCGCUCAUCAUAAGAUACACCGACGACACCAUGGCUACUACUCGGCGCGACUUCCUAAGCCAGCCUGCCCCGGAGAACUACAUAGCGGGUAUUGGCCGAGGAGCCACUGGCUUCACCACCCGCUCCGACUUGGGUCCUGCGCGCGAAGGCCCUAGCGAGGAUCAAAUCAAGGAGGCCGUUGCCAAGCGGGCAGCGCAACUAGGUCUCGGCGGGGACAACAAGAAAGACGACGACGACGAUGACGAAAGAUUCAAGGAUCCGGAUAACGAAGUGGGCCUCUUCGCCGGCGGACUUUAUGAUAAGGACGAUGAAGAGGCCGACAGGAUAUGGCAGGAAGUGGACGAGAAGAUGGCGCGGAGGAGGCAAAAGCAGCGCGAGGCCCGCGAACAGGCUGAACGCGAAGAGUACGAGCGCAACAACCCCAAGAUCUCCCAGCAGUUUGCCGAUCUCAAGAGAGCCCUCAGCACCGUUACCGACGAGGAGUGGGCAAGCCUCCCCGAAGUGGGUGACCUCACGGGCAAGAACAAACGAGCACGCCAGAAUCUCAGACAACGGCACUACGCGGUGCCCGACAGCGUUCUGGUUGCCGCCCGCGACUCGACCGAAAUGACGACGACUGUCAACGACGACAGCGGAAUAGCAUCCAGUGCCGACGGGGCCGACGGGACCAUGACAAACUUUGCCAAGAUCGGCGCCGCGCGCGACAAGGUUUUGAAGUCGAGACUCGAACAGGCCUCGCAAGGUGGCGGCGCCGAUAGCGUUCUCGGCAGCGCCACGAGCAUCGAUCCGAAGGGCUACAUCACCAGCCUCGACAAGAGCAUGAUGAGCGGGGCCCAGGCGCAGGUGGCCGACAUCAACCGGGUCCGAGAGCUCCUGACCUCGGUCACAAAGACGAACCCCAACAGCCCCGGAGGCUGGAUUGCGGCCGCGCGUUUGGAGGAGCUCGCGGGCAGGACGGUAGCCGCCCGCAACACCAUCGCCCGAGGUUGCGAGAAGUGCCCGAAGAACGUGGAUGUCUGGCUCGAGAACAUCCGGCUGAACGACAAGCGGAACGCCAAGAUCAUCGCCGCCGAAGCUAUCAAGAAGAACGACCGGUCGGUGCCGCUGUGGGUCGAGGCGAUGAGGCUAGAGACCGAGCCGCGGGCGAAGAAAAGGGUCAUCCGACUGGCACUGGACCACAUACCCGACUCGGAGGCGCUGUGGAAGGAAGCGGUCAAUCUGGAAGAGGACGAAGCAGACGCCCGGUUGCUGCUCGCCAAAGCCACCGAGCUGAUCCCUCUCUCCCUCGACUUGUGGCUGGCGCUGGCCAGGCUCGAGACGCCGGAGAACGCGCAAAAGGUCCUGAACAAGGCGAGAAAGGCCAUACCCACCUCGCAUGAAAUCUGGAUUGCCGCCGCUCGCCUGCAGGAGCAACUCGGAGAGGAGGGCAGGGUCAGCACCAUGAUGAAACGUGCCGUCAACGUGCUAGCGAAAGAGUCGGCCAUGCCGAAGCGGGAGGAAUGGAUCGCGGAGGCCGAGAAGUGCGAAGACGAAGGCGCCAUCGUAACGUGCCGGCACAUCGUGCGAGAAACCCUCGGCUGGGGUCUGGACGAAGACGACGACCGCAAGGACACCUGGAUGGAGGACGCCAGGGGCAGCAUCAACCGCGGGAAGUACGAGACGGCGCGGGCGAUCUACGCAUACGCGCUACGGGUAUUCGUCAACAGCAGGACGCUCUGGAUGGCGGCCGCCGACCUGGAGAGGAACCACGGCACCAAGGACUCGCUGGCGCAGGUGCUCGAGAAGGCCGUGGAGGCGUGCCCCAAGAGCGAGGUCUUGUGGAUGAUGCUGGCCAAGGAGAAAUGGCAGGCCGGCGAGGUCGACAACGCGAGAAGGGUUCUCGCGCGGGCCUUCAACCAGAACCCGGACAACGAGGACAUCUGGCUGGCGGCCGUCAAGCUCGAGGCCGAGAACGACCAGCAAGAACGCGCACGGAAGCUCCUGGCGGACGCACGCGAUAAGGCGCCGACCGACCGCGUGUGGAUGAAGAGCGUGGUCUUCGAGCGGGUGUUGGGCAACACGGAGGCGGCCUUGGACCUCGUGCAACAGGCCCUGCAGUACUUCCCGGCGGCGCCCAAGCUGUGGAUGCUCAAGGGCCAGAUCUACGAGGACCUGGGUAUGAUCCCGCAGGCGCGCGAGGCGUACAGCACAGGCGUCAAGGCGGUGCCCUCCUCGGCGCCCCUGUGGCUCCUGUACUCGCGGCUGGAGGAGAAGGCGGGUCUCGUGGUCAAGGCGCGGUCGGUGCUCGACCGGGCGCGGCUCGCGAUGCCCAAGUCGCCGGAGCUGUGGUGCGAAUCGGUGCGGGUGGAACGGCGCGCGGGCAACCUGAACCAGGCCAAGUCGCUCAUGGCGCGGGCGCUCCAGCAGGUGCCCAAGAGCGGGCUCCUCUGGAGCGAGCAGAUCUGGCACCUCGAGUCCCGGACGCAGCGCAAGCCGCGCAGCUUGGAGGCCAUCAAGAAGGUGGACAACGACCCGCUCCUCUUCAUCGCGGUCGCGCGCAUUUUCUGGGGCGAACGCAAGUUGGACAAGGCGCAGAACUGGUUCGAGAAGGCGUUGGUUUUGGACAGUGACAACGGCGACACCUGGGCGUGGUACUACAAGUUUCUUCUCCAGCACGGUACUGACAAACGUGAGGAAGUAAUUACCAAGUGCGUCCUCAACGAACCCAGACACGGCGAGUACUGGCAGGCAGUGGCCAAGAACCCGAAGAACGCGAGGAAGGGGAUAGAAGAGCUGUUGAAGCUUGUAGCCGCGAGCCUCCCUUAGAUGUAAAGAGGGCGUCUGCAUGUUGUUUUCAUGUAACACAACUUUAACACCCUAAUCACGCCGUUUAUUACAAGUGUAUUAUUUCUAAAAAACAAUAGCGGCUGCGGUGUAUCACUAAUGGGCAGAAUAGAAGGUUUUGAAGAGAGGUGGAAUUAAUGAAAAUUCAUUUGAAAGACACAAAAACAUUAGCUAUAGUUUCCGUCUUCAUUCCAUCCCGUUCACUUCUCGACCCAGGGCCUCGGGGCCAGAUACGAAAAAAAAUGCGAAGUUGGGACCAUGAUG